UUAUGCGGCGGACCGCAAUGGCAGCUCAUCGGAGAGACCUCAGUGUCAAAAACUGAAGCUUUUUCAUUUUUAAUAACUUGCUUAUUUUUUUGGUAUUAUUUUUUGUGUUAUUAUGCAUUAUGACCUUUUUAUUUCCUCACGUUUACAUUCAGUUAUAGUUCUCCUCGUCCCGCUCCUCCGUUGUGUCACCAGACAGGGUUCUCCUGUUACGGACUUGACACAGUGACAGUGGCAGAACGCUUUUUGAUAAACCGUAGCGGUCAUAGUGAUGUCCAGGGUGAUUCGCCAAACUCCAGCAGGAGUGUGCGACCUCUUUCGGAGACAGCUGCUCCAACCCGGCCCCCCUCAUUCCCUCGUCCUGAGCACCAGAACCAUUCAUGGAAGAGAUUACAGGAGGCCAGGGCAUUCUCCGGAUACUCGGUGGCCCUGGGAGAAGGUCCGCUUUGACCUUUCCAAAGGCCUGGAAGGGAUACGAAAGCACUUUGGGCUGCUGAAAGAUGAGUUUGUGGGACAGUGGAAGGGGCCAGAGGGCCGGCCGCUGAUGGAGCACAUGCUGGAGCAGACCCAGGUGCAGUGGGAGUUCCGCGGGCCAGAGUCUCUGGGACAGUGGGUCGUGUCGUCAGACCGAGAGAUUGGGGGUCGGAGUGAAGCGUACCUGAAGCUGGGUAGGAAUAACACCACCUGCAUGCUGUACGGGACUCUGGCUUCAGUUCCACCUCGGGAUGGAGAGACACGCUACAGUGGAUACUGCACACUGCGCUCCAAACAGCCUCUGUCUUCAUUCAACAGGAAGAGGCACUUUGAUUGGUCAAGCUUUAACACCUUGGUCCUGCGUAUCCGUGGAGACGGGAGGCCCUGGAUGAUAAACAUUUCAGCAGAGACCUUCUUCUCCCACCAGAGGGAUGACAUCUACAGCUACUUCCUGUACACUCGAGGGGGUCCAUACUGGCAGGACGUCAAGAUCCCAUUUUCCAAGUUCUUUCUGUCAAGUCGAGGAAGAAUACAAGAUGACCAGCAUGCUCUUUGGUUGGACAAGGUGAACACUAUUGGCUUCACACUCGGAGACAAAGCAGAUGGCCCAUUUCAGUUGGAGAUAGACUUCAUUGCUCUCUGCAGUGACCGUGCUCACACUGAGGAGUUUGCAUACGAACUAUACAAGAGGAACCCAGAAGCUUAAGUGGGAGAAGGUGGAUUCCAGAGACCUUCAAGUCCCAACCCUACAUUAGGGAGAAUCCAUGAAAUUAAUUUAAUGUUAAGGCACACAAAUCUGCAACUCUUCAGCAUCCAGACUCAAACACAAAUCCCAUAGACAACAAUGUACAAAAACAUUUACAUGUUUAAUAGCAAAUAAAAGCAGAUUUAAAAUGUGA